UGCUUCUUACUGCUAUCAUUUCAUUAUCAUUAAAUAAAUCUUCCUCGCUUCAACAGCACCGUCCACCAGCAGCACGAUUCAGAAGCGCUGCGUACUGCAUGCUAUUCAUAAUUUAACGACUUCUUCACGACACCAUGAUGAGUAACCUCUUUGACCGCGGUAUGUCCUCAUCUGUUCGAACUCUCCCCUGUAUCCGCACGUUCCUCUGGCUGGCUCUUUUGGUCGUGCGAUACCCCCAAUUUGUAUGUGCAAGACCAACAAACGAAGUACUGCGACGCGAUGGCAAUAAUGGAGGAGGAAGUAACGGGAACGGCGUUUCUACAAGCGUAUGGAUACCCGUGCUGAUAGUCUCAGUCGUCGUUGCCGUGCUGACACUGAUUGGAUGCGUCAGGCGGGCUACGCAGGUAGAAGUUAGCGCAGGCGCAGCGGCGAGCACUCGGAACCAACCUGCUGGUCAGGCUCGCCCUGGAAGGCGCCGGAGGCCCGCACGGACUCCAAGUCAGAUUUCUACAAAAUCGCUUCCACCCUACAUGCUGGAACCAGGCGACCAGGAGCUUGUCAUCUACAGAGGACCCUUGAAGAUGGAGGAGGAGGACCACGAUCCUAUGCAAAUACCGGAAGAAGACGACGAGCACCCUGAAACAAGAGGGGCACAUCGUAGCCUUGACCUCGAGUCGCACGGUACCACACAGCCGGAUAACUCUGCUACAAAUCUCAUAUAUAACGUUUCUGGUGACGUAACAACGAGACGAAGUGUAGACGUCGCUAGCGUGGACACGUCGCAUCAGUCGCAAGAAAGUCAUUCUGAAUUGUUACCAUUGCACACUACACAAACGUCCGAAGACCCACGAGGAGAAGCGCCUCCGUACUUUGAGGUUGUCGGCCACGACACUCCUCGCACAUUACCUAAUGAGCCUACUGCAUCGGAGACUUCCAUCGUCGUCGAUGAUGUUGCCCCUGACCGGCGCUCUAGAUUCAGCUUCCUUUUCAACCCCUUCGGGGGUUCAUCACGACAUCCGCCCAUUUCGGUCUAUAACAGGGUUGCCACUCCUGACCACGCUCGUAACGUUUCAUCCCUCUCCGUGGCAUCAACAAAUAGUGGACAUGGACGCAAUCGUUCAGGCUCUCAUUCGACGCUUUUGAAGACUUUCCGACCCCACGACCAUUCCGUGCCUAUGACAUCCCCGUCAACCAUCUCUUUGAACUCAAUAUCGGCACCUCUCACACAUACUGUGAUACGCUCGGAGUUCCGGGUGCCGAAAGGUGGCAUGACGCCUGAGCAGAUAAAACUCAUCACCUCCAGGAAUGCACUGGAAAGAUUCGGUGUUCCAUAUGGUCCAGACGCUGUAGCAUUUUCAGCAUCAAGGUCUAAUAUGGCACCACCACCCGACUUCGACACCACUGUAGCAAGUUCGCCAGGCCAAGCAAGUGGACCACCAUCAGCUGACCUUGACAACCCGGCUAGUACCAGCGCACUGGAGAGCGAGACAACAGGAAGUUCUGUCCAUAACAGUGCUGCUGCGGAUGAGGCUGGACAAACAACCUCACGUUCUAUCAUAUCCGGAUCACCUCCAUCUUCCCCAUCCGGAGUUGAGACAAAAUUCCAAUUGUCAUCGUCAUCACACUCACCGGUACCAUCGGGUGACUCGCGCUCAAGUUCAGUGACAUCCUUUGAAACAGCUGCUUCCGAGUUCUCGCGGCCUACUACACCGGUUACAGCACGACCUGGGACGCCAGUGACGGCUCGGCCCUUUGCAUGAGAAUAUUUCAGUUGUGACUUUACUAGGACUUAUUUCCUACCAUUAUCUGACGGUCAUCUUGCUAUAUUCUGACCUUCCAACUUUCAGCUACUUACUUUGGAUCUCUAA